AUGUCCUCCUCACAGCAAGUCGCCCUCAUAAUGGGCGCCUCACGCGGCAUCGGCCGCCAAAUCGCCAUCGACCUAGCAAAGAAUGGCUACUCGGUAAUGCUGGCGGCGAAAACCACAUCAGACGCAUCAAGCGUGGUCCCCUUCCCCCCAGACCCAAACUCCUCAAAGUCAACAAUUAACACCGUAGAGCGGGAAAUCCGCGAAGCGGGCGGCCGCGCCGCAACCGUUGCCGUUGAUGUACGCGACGCCGAACAGAUUCAACAUGCCGUUGAAGAGACAGUCCGCGUAUUCGGCAAGCUAGACGUCCUGGUGUAUAACUCUGGGGCGAUCUGGUGGUCGUCUGUGGAGAACACGCCUCUUAAGCGGUUCCGACUUAUGCAGCAGGUUAAUCCAGAGGGGCUAUAUGCCACUGUUCAGGCUGCCUUGCCUUUCUUUGAGAAGAAUGGGUGGAAUGGAAGGGUUGUUGUUGUUUCGCCGCCUAUCUAUUCGAGGUUCUUCCGGGGAAAGACGGCUUAUGCUAUGGGCAAGGUCGGAAUGAGCGUUUUGGUCAAAGGUCUGGCCAUGGAUUUUGUUCGUCAAGGCCGGAAUGAAAUGGCGGUGACGAGUAUCUGGCCUGCAUCGUCUAUUGAGUCGGCAGCUACGGAGCAUAACAAGGCAGCUGAUCAAUCCUACAAGAAGGAUUUGAGAAAGCCUGCCAUUUUCUCCGAUGCUAUAUUGGCUAUGCUCCGCGCCCCACAUAGUGUAGUCAAUGGGCUUUUGGACACAGACGAGGACUUCCUUCGUGAAAAGUGCGGUGUUUCUGACUUUUCCAAAUACUCUGUGGUCCCCGGGUCCACGCCGCGGCGGAUCAUGCCGGUUAAGUUCCCGGUCUUGGAGGUUGCAGAGCAGGAUGAUGAAGGGCAGCGGAUGGAUAGUACCAAAUUGAGAGCGAAGAUAUAG